CGCGGGGUUUAGAAGGAUUACCGGGCUGGCUGGGCAACGAAACGCACCGUUGCCGCCGUCGGUCAGUUUCCAGCAGCGGCAGCGGUGGCAGCCAGUUGGAGCCGUGAUGGCAUGUGUUGCACCGACGGUGUCAACGGUCAACUUUACGUUUGAGGACAACAAAACGGGAGAUCCGGUUUGAGUCCCGGGAUUAUGUCCAGAGUUUGCGCUGCUGUGGAGGAAAGUUUAUCAGAAGUAGGGAUACACUUACACCGGCGGGGGUAACAUGGCGGAGCGCAGCAGUAGCGAUGUCAACAUCCUCAGCAUCCCGGUGCCCAUUCGUCGUGGCGGCUCCGAGUCCAACCUGGACGUGGUGGACAGUGUUGGAGAUGACGGAGUGGGCCUGGAUUUCACCAAAGGAGCGCUUGGUAUCGACAGCCUGCAGCAGAAGAUCCUCAAGGUGACGGAGCAGAUUAAGGUGGAGCAGACGGCUCGGGACCAGAAUGUCGCAGAGUACCUGAAGCUGGUGAACAACGCUGACAAGCAGCAGGUAGGACGAAUACGUCAGGUCUUUGAAAAGAAGAACCAGAAGUCGGCGCACACCAUCGCCCGGCUGCAGAGGAAGCUGGAGCAGUACCACCGUCGCGUGAAGGACAGCGAGACCAACGGGAAACACAGCCACAAAGAUGGCAGCAACAAGGAGUCUGGGACUCACAGCAAGGAGGGCAGCCUGCGGGACGUCAGUGCCACUGGACGUCAUCCGGCACUGGAUAAAGUGAAGACAAUCGGGCCCGGGGUGUCGCUCUCACCACCGUUCUUCUUCAACAAGUCGCGGGAGUUCGCCAACCUCAUCAGGAACAAGUUUGGCAGCGCUGACAACAUCGCACACCUCAAGAGCUCCAUGGAGGCGGGGUCGGGGCUGCAGGUGGAUGGCGGGGCGAGAGGUCUGAGCGGCAGUGCCAACACAGUAGCCAAGGCGACCAAGUACCAGAGCGAUGACGAGUGCUCCACGGGGACGUCUGCAUCCGCUGACUCAAACGGGAAUCUGGCCGGGGGCUCGGGGGCGGGGUCUGGAGGUCCGGGGAGGUCAGACUCCAACGGGCGGCUGGGGGAGGUGCUGGACAUGGUGCGGGAUAUCAGGGAGGCUCAGGCACAGCUGGCAGAGGACAUGGAGACUCUGAAUUCACAGUUCAAACGAGAUUACAGCUACUUCACACAGAUGAUGCAGGAGGAGAGAUACAGGUAUGAGCGGUUGGAGGACCAGUUAAAUGACCUGACAGAGCUCCACCAGCACGAGACCAGUAAUCUGAAGCAGGAACUGGCCAGUAUUGAGGAGAAGGUGGCCUACCAGGCCUACGAGAGGGCCAGGGACAUACAGGAGGUCCUGGAGUCGUGCCAGACUCGCGUGUCUAAGCUCGAGCUCCAGCAGCAGCAGCAACAGACAGUUCAGGUGGAAAACACUGACGCCAAGGUGCUGCUGGGGAAGUGCAUCAACAUCAUGCUGGCUAUCGUCACCGUGAUCUUGGUGUGCGUUUCCACGGCGGCCAAGUUCACCGCCCCGCUGCUGCGUAGCCGCCUUCACCUGGCGCUCACCUGCGUGGGCGUGUCUGUGUUAGCGCUGCUGUGGAAGAACUGGGAACAUUUACAGUGCGCUUUGGAACGACUGGUCCUCCCGCACUGAUCUAGGACUACAAAUAAGACCAGAAAACUUUAGCCAACCCUGGGUCCAGGUCUCCAUGAGGUGUGUCGUCAUGGCAACACAAGAACUGGGGAGGAGUUUACAUGUAGCCUUACACUAGCCCUAGUUCCCCAGCGAUUUUUAGCCUCCACAGUGACUUGAUUUAUGGCUUUGCAUGUCUAAAUGGAGUCCACACAAAUCCACAAAGCCUUUUCCCAGAAUGCACCUGCACAGCACAACAAACAACACACAGAUGUAAACUGAUAUGUUAUUCCAAGUGAACAGAACUGUGACAAAGCUCUAAUAACGUGCUGUCUACAAGGCUGAAACGUAUAAACGUGGCACAACGCUGACAUAACAGUGUAUCAUUACAGUCCAAAGUACCGGACCAAUAAGACAGAAAUCAGCUGAAAUUGAUCAGAUGCCAGCCAUAUUAUUGGCUUUUGGAUUCGCCCCUAUCUGGUCAUCAGAAGAUUCUGAUCACACCAACAACAGACACUAAAAUCUAAAUAUAGAGGAGUGGGCUUUUAUUGAGGGUAUGGAUGAGGAUGAUGAUAUUUCCUGUCCUUAAAGGGAAGUGUAUCUGUUAUAGCAGCACCUCACACCUCUAAACAAACACUCACUGGCAGUAUGUGGCCCGUCGAUCACUCCUGAACCUGCACAGAACGCCUCCUUGUACACCAGCCAGCUGCGACAACACAAGACACAUCCAGCUGAAGGUUGAUUUGUACUGUGUGUCUGUACUUAAAUGUUUAUGUAUUUAUGUGAUGUUUUUCUUGUCAGUGUCUCAUUCAAAAGGACAUUUUUAAAGCUGUUGUUUUAAACUGUGUGGGUUUGUGUCUGUCUGAGUGUACGUUCAUGUACAAGAAAAAAAGCUUAUAAGCAUAUUUCCCAAAAUGUCAGAACUAUUCCUUUUAAAGGAACACUUAUAAACUGCCUCCUGUCUUCUUAAUUUAAUGCUUUGGGGGUUUUUGUCAUGUAAAAUCUGUUUUAUGUUUUUCGGGUAACAGUUGCUUCUCAAAGUUAUUUGAGAAAUAAACUUGGUCCGUGAGUUGACGUGCUUUACUCAGUUCCAAAGGCUGCAGCUUUAGCGUCGACCAGCUAGCAUGUAAACUGUGAGGAAAACCUAGACAACUAGAGAAAAGCUCUAAAUGCGAGCAUGUUUGACUUAAAGAUCCUGAUUUUAUUGAACUGCCUUUUUAAGAGGUGAACAGAACAAAUUAACUUUUUUGUGAAGUCUUUGGUGUUAUGCUACGUUCAUGUCUGGUGGGAAUAACUAAGCUAUGUUCUGACCAAAGUUUUGACUUGAAAGGAUUCCCACCUGUUGAAACUUGUUUUAAGCCACGGAGAAACCGUGGGUGAUUACUGCUACUACAUUUGAAUUGCUCAUAAUAAUUCCUUUCAGCCUUUUUCACACUUGACGCUCUAGCGCAGCUGGGAAGUGACUCAAAUGAUUUCUGAAACUAGCACAGAAAGUCCUGCAUUUUUUUUUUUUAACUUGUAAUAAGUAUGUCUGUUCUUGCACUAAAAUACUGAAAUGUCAGUAACCUAGAAAAAUCAUCUCCAUUUCCCUUCUUCCCAAGCAGCAUUUACCACAAACUAAAAACCAUAAGUGGUAAUAUCAAUACCAUAGCAACCGUUUUUCCCAUGUGACAUGAAUGCAGCAUUACAGAUUGGACAGAGGAAACUGAACAAUGUAGCUCCAUGCUCCCUCACCCUUUAUCACUGUGAUGAUGAGGGGGAUGAAGUGGGACUGAUGCCUUUUCAAUGCAGCUUAUUUCUUCUACUGUGCAACUUCUGUUUGCGUCCCUUCAAAAGCCAAAUAUGGAGAUUUUUAAGGCACCUCAGCCUUUCUAAAUAACACUGAAAUUACAUUUGUUUUCUUACCAUUAGUCUUUGAUGUAUUUUCCAAAUUGUCUCAAACACUAUUUCUGUCUCCUCUUCAUGAGAGACAUGCACCUCCUCUCAAAAGCUGUAUUUGUAAGUCCAUAAUGAAUUUUAAAAUUUCUGUCUCUUCUAUGUGCAUUAGUUUCUGGUUAUGGGUUUUCCAUAAUAUUUUUUUUCAAAUGAGAGAAUAAAUCUUUGUUUUUGUAA